AGCAAAGAUACAAGCCAUGAUCAUACUCGACAAAUUGCAAUACCCAAACCCGGACGUAGGCAUGAACAGUGAGCACCAGGUACAAUGCGUUGGAAUACUGGAUGAACUGGUGAGGCUUUCCACACACAGUCCUGCCAUCAUUACUGUUUCCACGGGUUGCUGACCGAGAGCAAGAUCGCCCUAAUGUCUACGGGAUCCAUUGAAAAUCCAAAAGAGCACAACGAUGUUGUUGGAGAUAUAAGGAAUUCGUCUUGUCGGAACGGCGUGGAGAUGACCGGUGAGUCGAACGGUUCCAAGAAGCAGACCUCGAUCAACCCUCACUACACUCGUUAUUCUCAAGAAACCGAUCUAACGGGCGGUCAAAGCCGUUCUUAUACCAAUGAAGAUGAAGACUUCACAACUCAGGUACCUCAUCCGAUUGUGUAUAGGAUGCCAGGCCCUGACAUCUUCGCAAGCUUCACUCUACGCAGCGAGGUCAUGGAAGCAACAGCCCCUCCAUCCACGGUCAACAACCUCCCUCGCACAUUUACAAGCCCUGGAGGUACUCUACGCUCAGUCAACCUCCAAGAACUGGAGACUAGAACAGACCACUUGACAAAUAGUUACUCUGCCCACCCGAUAUCCACCCAGCCAUCUUGGCCAACAGCGAAGAGCCUGUCUGCUCCGCAAGUCGAGCUGUUGCAGUACUGGGCGCCCGCAGAUAUCGUCUUCGAAGAUGGAAACGACGAUGUCACCCGUGACCAUUUGAACAACUCUCGAUCCGAUGCUUCUCAACCCCUACUCAGUACUAUUACUACACUCAAGAAGCCACAGCGACUUCUCCGUGCACGAAAACUGGAGCCAUCGACGAAGCUGCCGGGGAACAGGGACGCGUGGUGGGAGGCUGAGAGCUCCCCAAAAAAGGUUUAGGAAGCAAUUGAGUCGACUGAGGACCUCCAGCAGCGAAGUUGUCAAUACGAUGAUCAGGUGCCAGGACAAGCACUGCGGUUCAUGAGACUCGGGGUCCUUGAAUAUUAGAUGUACUUUUGAAGGCGGUUUGAUCCCUGUUCUCUGAUGGAAAAGUAAUUUCUUCGUGUGCUGCGCCUCACUCUGUCGAUGUCAAUAUCCCGUCUUCAUGGCUCGAAAAUGGCUCAAUCGGGAAGACCAUGCAUCCUUGCAUGUGCGAUACGAGGUGUGUGAACCGGUGGGGAGCCAGCUGGGCAUCUGCACAGC